AUGAGUGGGAUCAAUGCAUCAACUAAGGCAGAGCAAAACAAUAUAAAAGCGAUCAUAGGGUCUGCCUACAAUAAGUUGUAUGGACAAUUCAUGUCAGAUGAGCUAAUAGAAGUUGGUAACUACAGAAUUCUAAAACAGAUUGGUGAAGGGAGUUUUGGUAAAGUAUAUCUAGCGUUACAUCGUCCAACGCACCGUAAAGUGGUUUUGAAGACAAGCGAUAAGAAUGAUCCUAAUAUUGUCAGGGAAGUUUUUUAUCAUAGACAAUUUGACUAUCCAUAUAUCACCAAAGUAUAUGAGAUUAUAGUUACUGAAACGAAAGUAUGGAUGGCAUUAGAGUACUGUCCAGGUAAAGAAUUGUAUGAUCAUCUUUUAUUUUCAAAAAGGAUACCGAUUGCUGAAUGUACCGAGUUAUUUGCCCAAAUUGUAGGAGCAGUAUACUAUGCACAUUCCCUAAAUUGUGUUCAUCGUGAUUUAAAACUAGAAAAUAUAUUAUUAGACAAACAUGGCAGGGCCAAAUUAACUGAUUUUGGCUUUACUAGGGAGUGUAUGACUAGAUCCACAUUGGAGACGGUAUGUGGUACUACCGUGUACAUGGCCCCUGAAUUAAUUGAAAGAAAAUCAUAUGAUGGUUUCAAAAUAGAUAUUUGGGCUUUAGGUGUCAUAUUAUAUACUAUGAUUUAUGGCGCAAUGCCGUUUGAUGAAGAUGAUGAAGUGAAAACGAAAUGGAAAAUUGUUAACGAGGACCCUGAUUUUACUAAUAACAUAUCAAGUAAUGACGUUAAAGAUUUAAUCAAAAAGCUACUUAAGAAGGAUCCUACUGAGAGACCUACUAUUAGAGAAAUUUUAAAGCAUGAUUUCUUAAAGCCUUAUGGUUUUACUAUACUGGAAAAAACCGAUAAGAUAAUACAAAGACAACGAAACGAUUCAAUUCACUUUCAUUCAAAGAUAGAAAAAAGGUUGUUGAAAAGGCUAAAAAGAUCUGGAUUUGACACACAGUCAAUAAAACACUCAAUAAUGAAGAAAAAAUGUGAUUCGCUCGCAGGAUUGUACCUACUCUUACUUGAACGUGAAAAACAACUCGAAAGGUCCUAUCGUCCUAGAAGAAGUAGAUCGGUUCUUUCAGUACGAAAGGUUUUCGAAUCCGCCUGUUCAUCUGAUGUACUAGGAAAUGAUAAGCCAAUACGAUCCUCUCUAGAAUUAAGAAAGAACACUUCGCUUGGUAAGAUAAUUAGUAGAACCAGUGAAUUGCAAAAAAAUCCAUUAACAGCUAGGCAAACGUCUGCGCCAGUGCUAUUAAACUCCUCUACGGGAAAAUCUAGUAAUUCAAUAUCGACAGUUCCUCAUUCAGAGAAUACUGAAGCAAUCGGUAAAAAUGGCAUAUUCUCAAAACUUUCGAAAUUCUUCAAACAGAAGAAGCAUGCGUCAAGUAACAAUGUUAAAUCAAAUAUCUCCAGUCUUCCCGAGGAAGAAAAGACUGGUAGGAAAAGUCCAUCAAGGUCAGUCACCGAUUCUUUUCUUAUGGGUAAAGGAUCUUCACAAGCUAAAAAUAGUUCUAAAUCAAAAAUUUCCUCAAUAAGCAAAUCGUCUCCCAAAAAAGACAUGGAAACUUCGUUAAACGUUGUUUUCUCAAGUGACUUGCAAGAUGCUGAUGUUAAAGGAAUCUCUCAAGAACAAACUGUCAAAAGGUUUAAAUCUACUAUAUCUAGCGACCUUUCGAGAAAUGCUUCACUACGGAAUUAUGACUCCAACUCACUUUACAAAUCGAGAUCACGAUCGGUAGAAAACAAUAAGUUUUCUUCAAGACCUCUUUCUGGAUUAUCACAAAUAUCAACCGAGACGUACUUAUCGGAUUAUUCUACGGACGGAGCUACGUCUUUCAUUCCCAAUACAAGUAUAAGACCUAAUAUAUCUCAUUCAAGUUCAACAGGUGUACUUACUCAACAUUCAUCAAGCUCCAAUUCAGAAAUGCUAUCAAAUCCACCCAAUAUACGGUUCUUACGUAGAGAUUUAAGUAUUCGUUCUGAAAACUCAAGUUUGUCAGAUAGAAGUUCAAGAGCGGAUUCUUUCUAUGAUAUUACCACCACUACUACACAAUUAAACAAAAAUCUUCAUCAUACUAAAGCAUCAUCUAUAAAGGAAUCUGUUUUACCUCGAUUCGGAGCACAACAUUCAUGGUCAUCAAAGAGAACGCUAGUUAACAAUAGACCUGGUACUGUUAGAGGAAGGAGGAGAAAUAGGACGAGGCAACUGAACUUCUUGAAAAGUUCUUCUUCUCCAACUGAAAAUGCGAUAAAGGAAGAAUCUUCUACGGAUGAUCAUGAAUUCGACUAUUCGCAACAUAAUUUCAUGGAAGAGGUGAAUGAAAAUCCUUUGUUGGAAGAAGAUGAGGAUGAACUUUCUGGACAUUCCGAACACUUUGAUGAAAUAAAUCAACCUACCGACUCUAAUUUGCAUAAAAAUGGUAGGAAGCUUACGGAAUCCGCACAACAUCCCACAGGACGAAGCAUGAGUAACGAUAGUGACUGGUCUCACUUCCAAAGUGACUCAAAGUCGAUAAUAACGGGCGGUUCAGAAGAUGAGGAUUCCAUCAUAGUUGCUGAUCAGGAAGAUAACUUCUCCGAAGGAGAAUAUGAUAAAUAA